GAGGAGAAGCUGGGAGUGACGCCUCUGAGCCGUGGAGGAUUGUGGGAGGAGGUUGUCUCCAAUUUCUCCUCCCUCUCCCCCCCUCCCGGCCAAGAUGUCUGACAUGGAGGAUGAUUUCAUGUGCGAUGAUGAGGAGGACUACGACCUGGAAUACUCUGAAGAUAGUAACUCUGAGCCAAAUGUGGAUUUGGAAAAUCAGUACUAUAAUUCCAAAGCACUAAAAGAAGAUGACCCCAAAGCAGCAUUAAGCAGUUUUCAAAAGGUUUUGGAACUUGAAGGUGAAAAAGGAGAAUGGGGAUUUAAAGCACUGAAGCAAAUGAUUAAGAUUAACUUCAAGUUGACAAACUUUCCAGAAAUGAUGAACAGAUAUAAACAACUAUUGACCUAUAUUCGGAGUGCAGUCACAAGAAAUUAUUCUGAAAAAUCCAUUAAUUCUAUUCUUGAUUAUAUCUCCACUUCUAAACAGAAUUCUGAUUUUUUAUGUCAGAUGGAUUUACUGCAGGAAUUCUAUGAAACAACACUGGAAGCUUUGAAAGAUGCUAAGAAUGAUAGACUGUGGUUUAAGACAAACACAAAGCUUGGGAAAUUAUAUUUAGAACGAGAAGAAUAUGGAAAGCUUCAAAAAAUUUUACGUCAGUUACAUCAAUCCUGCCAGACUGAUGAUGGAGAAGAUGACCUGAAAAAAGGUACACAGUUAUUAGAAAUAUACGCUUUGGAAAUUCAAAUGUACACAGCACAGAAGAAUAACAAAAAACUUAAAGCACUCUAUGAACAGUCACUUCACAUCAAGUCUGCCAUCCCUCAUCCACUGAUCAUGGGAGUCAUCAGAGAAUGUGGUGGUAAAAUGCACUUGAGAGAAGGUGAAUUUGAAAAGGCACACACUGAUUUUUUUGAAGCCUUCAAGAAUUAUGAUGAAUCGGGAAGUCCAAGACGAACCACUUGCUUAAAAUAUUUGGUUUUAGCAAAUAUGCUAAUGAAAUCGGGAAUAAAUCCAUUUGACUCACAGGAGGCCAAACCAUACAAAAAUGAUCCAGAAAUUCUAGCAAUGACGAAUUUAGUAAGUGCCUAUCAGAAUAAUGACAUCACUGAAUUUGAAAAGAUUCUGAAAACAAAUCACAGCAACAUCAUGGAUGACCCUUUCAUUAGGGAACACAUUGAAGAGCUUUUGCGAAACAUCAGAACACAAGUGCUCAUAAAAUUAAUUAAGCCUUACACAAGAAUACAUAUUCCUUUUAUUUCUAAGGAGUUAAACAUAGAUGUAGCUGAUGUGGAGAGCUUGCUGGUGCAGUGCAUAUUGGAUAACACUAUUCAUGGCCGAAUUGAUCAAGUCAACCAACUCCUUGAAUUGGAUCAUCAGAAGAGGGGUGGUGCCCGAUAUACUGCACUAGAUAAAUGGACCAACCAAUUAAAUUCUCUCAACCAGGCUGUAGUCAGCAAACUGGCUUAACGGAGAACAAGCUUUCACAGACGUACUUAAUGCAACAGUGCAGAGAUGUAAUCCUUAAAAGAACUGGGAAUGGCAAAACUACUGUCGGUUGAUGUGUCCUGAAAAUUAUUGGAGUUAUGGCAGAAGUGCUUUUUUUGAUCAACUGGUUUGUGUUUUGCUGCUGCAUUUAUCCCAAGAAAAACAGCUUUAAUCUCCAGAAGAAAACCAAAAUGCCAUGGGAUUUAUGCUGUAUUGACAUCUUGCCCUAAACAUACAACAUCAUAGUAAUUUGUCAUGGGCAACAUGACCAGAGAGAAGAUUUUUGUCAUGAUUUUAAAUACACUGACAUGUUACUGUUGGUUAAAUUUAAACAUGUUUUACCUGCAGAAAUUCUCUCACAAAUAACCUGCAAUAACUUGAAAUGCAUACCCUUUUGAACACUUCCUUUUCUCAUGUAUAAAUUGAAAUGUUUGCUGCAUUUUGCAAAAUGUCAAUUCUCCAAAAAUGUGUCCGUAUAUUUCUGUACCUGCAGUGUAGUAAAGGUUUAGAUGAAACCCCAUAAUUAUAGUGGCAUACUGUCACUUAGGUUUCAAGCAGCAAAAUAAACAGUGCAGCUCAGAAAUUGUAGUUUGGUUCUUGAUGUGUUUUUAUUACAUUUGGGGUUUUCGUUUUGUUUUUUAGUACCUUAGAAAUUUCAAAUUAUUUUAUCUUCGGUUAAUGAUUUUAAAAAGCAUGGGAGCAAAUAAGUUGGUUAUUUGCUUUCAAGUUUUUUAAAGUAGUCUUUAUUGAUAAAGUAAGGAGAACUAGUUUCUAACAAAACACUUGCAUAGUACGUACUUUAACGUGAUGCUUUAAAGGAAUAAAGUUUUUUUUUCUAAGAAUGAUAAUUCCUUUUUAAAAAUACUAACUCUCAGAAUGUUCACUUUAAACAAAUAUGCCAGAACAUAGACAGCUAAAUGAAUGUUACCCUGUAUAGUGAUCAUGCUGGAAAAUUAUUUCCUAAUUCCAGCAAUCUACCAUUGCUCAAAACCUCUUGGGUUUUGCUCUUUUAGAAUUGCAUCCAAAGCUAAUUUAAGUCAUACACACGAUUAAGUUUAUGACACACAUUGUUUAAGAAAGUAUUAUCAAGCUUGAUUUUUUUUUAUGGUUACCAUCACUUGGCACCAAAUGAUAUCAAGCUUGAUUUUUUUUUUUUUUUAUGGUUACCAUCACUUGGCACCAAAUGACUUUGGACAGUUUCCAAAAAUUAAUCUAUCUUUGAGGUAAUAGUAGAAAAUAUGCAGCUGGCUUUGAAGGCGAUCCCAAAAGAGUUUGAAAGGUAUUUUGAGCAGUGGUAGCAUAGUUAGGAUAAUGAACUGUGGCCUUCCAAGGUGACCACCUUAAAGGAGACACAGCUCAUUUGAAUGUAUUGAGUUUUGGAUGUAUUUGUUUCAUUUUAAAAAAAAAAAAAUCACAUUAUUUUAUAGUGUCAAAAGGAAGAACUAAGAUUAAGAUAAUUUCUUUGGUUUUUCUAUUGCUUGUUAUUAUGUAAAAAGAAGUGAGUGGCAGUUCAGAAGGAAGACUGUUGUAACUGAAGAAUGACAACCAAGAAUUUUUGAUCAUUAAAUCAGAUUUUAUAAACAGUGGAAGGAGCAUGGACUUAAAACAAGGCAUGCUUAUUCGGUUUUGUCAAAAUUUUACAAAAAUAUGUGAUAUAUAUUUAUACUAAAACUAUAUAAUCCUUAGAUUUAGGAAAGCAAUCAGUUAAUGUCUUUAGCAGAUUAAAGCAGUAUUAAAUACAGGUGCAACUUGGAAAUUGUAGAAAACUGAAAGAAAACGGAAGACAAAAUGUCUCUGGUAGGGAAUAAAAAAGUUUAAGAUAUUAUAUAAUUAUGUGUAUUUUCUUCUCUUUUACAUAAAUCAUUUGUGAAAAAUGUGCUACAUUUUUUUUACAGGAGUGAUAAUAAUUAGGACUUAUUUUUCAGUAUAAAUUGGAGACCCUUUGUUACCCAAAUAAAAAUGACAAGUUUCUGUGCCUGUAUUCAAAUAUGUAUGCAUGUGAUAACUGUGGGAAAAGGCCCUGCUUAACUCUGAGUUGAUGGAAUUAGAAUUUAAAGGAUUUGGAUGAUGUGAUUUAACCUUUACAUUCCAACCUUCACAAUGUCCAGUUCACCUGUGAUAUCUUUGCCCCAUGGAAGUAGUGCAUCUUGCAGUUUCUAGAGGGAAAGCGUGCACUUACUAUUCUUUAGGAAACUGGGCUAAGCAUAUAACAAUAUCCAAAGUUAUACCAUAAUCUUUAAUUUAAUGUAAUUGUAUGUAUCAUAUAGGCUUUGUUUACUAUUCCCUAAAUAUAAGUUCUUUUUUUAAAGUUAUUUGCCACAUUUGUUUUAGGACACAGGUUUUUGAUACAUCUUAACAGUCUGGUUAACUUAAAGCUAUUUUUAUUUUUUCCCAUUAAACAUGUUCUGUGUUCCUGUGCAUCUUACAGAGUUGAAAUCCUUUUUUGAGAAUGCUUAUCAAAAUAUAACUAAAUUUAAGGGAAGUAAAAAGAUAAUUGGCAAAUU